AUGUCAGAACAAAGGCACGCCAGGAGACGGACAAGCAGCAAUGCCGCCACGCUACCCAUAAGAAAUGGCCAACAUGCACGCAAACAAUCCAAAGCCAUAAUCCAGCCCAAGUCUACACACACCUCGGACGAAUUUCUCCAGGAUUUCUUAAACCCAUCCUUUGACCCUGCUGCCUAUUUGAACGCAACUUUACCGCCACUCGCCAGCAAGCAGGCGUCUUCUCACGGAGGCAAUGCGGUCCCUCUCGCUGAGCUGUCCACGCAGACACAAACGCUGUUAUCGCAACUCAAUGCCCAGACUACACGGCUGUCUACAACGCUGACGCAGUUGACGGAUGAGAUUUUGAGAAGCGGCAGCAGGUUGGCAUAUGAGGUGGAGUUGUUGAGGGGCGAGACUUUGAGUUUUUCCGAGACGUUGCAUGAGACUCUCAAGGAAGAUAUUCAGGUGUUUAUCCCGGGCGGCCUACAAGCGAAUAAUGACCACAAAAAGGACGCGAGUAAAAAGGCAGAUGACGAGGACAAGGAGAAGGAUGCGGCGGACGCCUCAGCACCAUCCGAUCAACAUGCCGCUUCGGGAGAGGCCAACAACAACUCACAUGAUCCAGAAUACAUCAAGCAGCUACAAACCUUGACUCUUGUCAGAUCACGCCUAGAGUCCGUCAUCAAAACAUUUGGCGACGCAAUGGACUUUACCUUUCCGCCGUCGGAAGUCUCCGUCAGCUCGGGGUUCCUGUCUGUCUCCGCGCCAGACCCCGGGUCCGAGCAGCAAAGCUCCGAGGACAAGGGCCAGCAAGUUCUGCAAAAGCUUCGUGACGAAAUAUCAGAUCUCCUGCAGAAGAGCGAUGAUCCCGUACAGGGCAUCGAGAGGGCUGCUGCGAGAAUCGAAGAACUCAAGGAGCUGACUACCGUUUGGAAGGGCACAGCGGAAGAAAAGGGCCGCAACAAAUUCAUCGAGAGCUUGGCCAAGAUGGUGGAGGACAGGCAUAGGGAUCUGGUGAGGGAGAUGGACCAGGCUGCACGGAGGGAGGGCCGCACAACCGCUGCUCAGGCAAGGAGACUGGGCACACAAGCGGAGGCGGUUGAGGAGGAAUCCAAGGUGCCUGGGGGAUUUGGGCUGCUUAGCCAGUUGCAGAAGCUGAGGAGUGGACUGUGA